AUAUUAUUUUUAGAUGUUUCAGUUGAAUUACUUAGGAAUAACUUUUUUGAUGUUGAUUUUUUCAAUUACUUGAAUUAUGGAGUAAUCGGUGAAAUCAUCGGUCAUGAAUUAAGUCAUGCCGUAGAUAGCGGAAGUAGAUCUUUGGAAAAGACUGGGUUCAAAUAUAAAUGGAGUAAUUUAACGAAUAAUGAAUAUCAAAAGCAGGAGACUUGUAUGAUCAAUCAAUAUCAAAACUAUUUUACCGUAAAUAAAAUUAAGCUCAACGCUACAAAUUACUUAGCUGAAAAUAUUGCCGAUAAUAUUGGAAUAAAAAUAGCUUACUUGGCCUACCAAGAUUGGGUCGCUCAAAACGGUCAUGAGCCAAAUUUACCCGGACUGUCGUAUACACCCAAUCAAUUAUUCUGGAUAUCAUUCGCUAAUAAAUUCUGUCAAUCAAAAUCGAUAUUAUCGAAUUUAGACGACAGGGACUCUCAUGCUCCUAAUGAUAAACGAGUGAUUGGACGGCUUUCAAACAGCAUAGAGUUUUCAAAAGAUUUCAACUGUCCCGUUGGAUCGAACAUGAAUCCUUUAAACAAGUGUGCUUUUUUCUGAAAAUAUCUGUUGUGGU